AUGAGCACUGGAGAGAUGGAGAAGACGGACUAUAGGGACUUCGAAGAUGCUAGUGUUGAUAUCCCGAAGAAAAGGUUUAGAUCCUGUUUUACCUGGUUCUGCUACGAGGUAUCAUCGUUCUAUGAAUCGUAUGUGAUGUUAGCGUGUUUUGGCCUACUUCUCUGCUUUCCUAGUGUAAUGUCUUCAUUGAGAUUUAUUGUGAGCCUGGCUACUGCCAUGCUUCUGUUGGCGCUUACGACAGUAGGUAUGAUAUUGACCGCUGUGAUUUGCAUAACCUCCGAAAUGAAAAAGGCAAAAUCUUUGGUCCGCAGGAAUAUCAAGGCAGUAGCAGAGGCUAUAGAAGAAGUCUUCAGCUCAGAGCAGGAAACUUUGGCACUUGGGUGGGACAACGUGGCUUGUAGAUUGAACAGAAAGUUUUACGCUGCCGGCGAAUGGAAAACACCAUAUUAUUACUUCGAUGGGCAGCAAUGUGAGGAUUACUUUAGACACAACGUUUUGCAACCACUGUAUAAGCAAAAAGUUACAAAAUCUUACGAUAAAAGUGACUUGCGAGCUGCAGUGAGCAUCUAUGAGCAAAGGCUCAAUGAUCAGUUCAAUCAGGACAAGGAGGAUAUUACUGUGUUAGCAAAAGGCGGUCUUCCUGCUGAUUCUCACCGCAGCAAGUUUAUCUGGAAAUUGAAAAAUUCAUCGACACAAGUUGGCCUCAAGAUUUGUUUUUUUAGUGCUUUAGCUUAUACUUUCUCCCAUACGUGGUGUCUACGUUUAGUGCAAAUUAUGAUCAUUCUUAUUACAGCUUCUGCUGUAAUUUUUACUGGAUACUCUCCCGAGCUCUCUAAGACUAGGAUCCGGAUCAGAUUACUCGCAACGAUCGCAGAUGUUGCCCCAGGAGAGGACAUGGAUCGCUGGGACAUGGUUGCAAAGCGAAUAAAUGGCUAUGUAAUGCAAGAUUCGAACGAUACUUGCGCUAAAAUGUUCUUCGACGGGAAAGACUGCAUGAAAUUUUCCAAGAAUGUCCUUAACCCUCUCAUGUCUAAAAGUACCAGCUACUAUCAAUUUCCAGCUUAUGAUCUAGUACCUCUAGCCACUGAGGCUUUCAAACCCUCCAUAUAG